AUGGGGGUCGACACCCGCAGACCAGCCCUUCCCGCCCCCACAGAAUCCAUCGUCGAUACCACGGGCGACAGCGCAACGGGCACAGAUCUGGCAACUGACCUUUCUCGCCGCACAGACAAGACGUCGUACUCGAUCCCGGACGACGGCAGCCCCAUCACCGUCUCCACCCGACAUCGGGACCGGGACGACAAACUGUCUCGCUCUCACCGCGACUCCCAGACCUCGUUGCUCAUCGAGUACUUUGAGGGUGGCAAGGGGUCUGGCGGUGUUGUCUCUAGGCCGAGUGUGCGAGUUCGGGUCACUCCGUCGGCGGCGAGGAAACUCAAGGACCACAAGGACCACAUCCAGAUCACCGAGUCGGGUAGCGGCCGCAAACCAUCUUAUACCCGCCGCAUUUCCCUCACCUCGCCAUCUUCCAAGCAGAAGCAGCUCGCUGACGCCGGUCCGGCCGAUGACCAAAGCACCAGCUCUGCCAAUUCUGCUGUUGACGAGGGUCCGCAAUCAUCACGUCGCCCACCGUUAGAAAUCGAGUUCUUGAACCGAGACCAAGUGAGCGAGAUGUCCAGCGUCUCGCGCGAUACGCGGUACAUGCAGCCGAGCUCGGAUAUUUCAUCCAUGCCGCCGGACAGUAUGGUCGAUACCUCGUCGGCCGGUCCUCGGCGGAAGCGCAGCCAGAGCCUCGAGCGUGGUGAAAGCCGCGAGGACAAGGGGUUACUCAAGACCCCCUCGCGUCAACGGAGUCGCAGUUUGAGCACCGAGCGGAUCGCCCACCGAGUGGCUGAGAAGCUGACGGGAUCGCCCCAAGAGGCCUCCAGCGGUAAAAGCCGGAGCAAGGCCGGCAAAGAUUACUUGGAAGCCGAGCCCAAGCCAUCUCGACGGCGGCGGCAGGCCCACCGAGAAGACGAAAUCACUAGUCCGGAAUCCAGCCUUCUGAGUGCGUCGGCAGUCUCUUCAAAUCGCAAGUCUGACCAAUACUCGAUCCGUUCGGGGGCGUCCAAGACCUCCAUCAAUAACCCAAAACUGUUGGAGACGGUGGAAGAUGCGAUUCGACGGUUGAUCCUGCCUGAACUCAAGGAGCUGAAGAAGGAUCAAAAGGUCAUGACCAACACAUCCAAGUUCGACCGAGAUAUGACCACGUCGUACUCGUCUGCCAGCUCCCGAGAUGAACUGGGUCGACGUUUAUCAAAACAUGCCAGUGCGCCGGAUGUCAGGAAGCCCAAGGUCGUUCUCAACAAGGACAGCAAAGAUGAAGGCAUUGUUCUUUCGGGCGAAUCAGUUCCUCGCAACAAAGAACGCAAAUCCAGCAAAAGCAGCGAGUCUUCUGAGGCGGCCGCCGUACGAUGGGCUAACCGACCCGAGCUCACCGAACAAGACAAGAUUCGCCGGCAGAAGAGCAAGGGUCUCCGCGAUGCUCAAGCAGCUGGGCGUGUAGGCUCAGCCCUCACUGCGGCUGCUCUGAAGCACCAUGACUCUAGAUCCAGCAUCGACAAGAAAGAGGGUCGACGGAGGAAUAGCAGCGAGAGCGUCAACGAGACCGAGCUCGUUUUCCAGAAGCACAACGUGGCUCCCAUGCCCAUGCGGAGCGAGAUUGAUUCGGAGUUGACCCGAGACUCGCUACUCUCCCAGCGCACCGAGACAUCUACUCCCCGCAAGAAAAAGUCGCAAGCGGAAGUCUCUCGUGGAUCAACGAGGCAAAUCACUGCAUCACCAACGUCUCGCACACCCACGCGGUCGCCAUUGGGCUCGCGGAACGAGCUCGGCAUGCGCCACGGCAACCAGUCACAUCAUAAUAUUUCGGCGCACAGUGGCUCAGACCGUGACCUACGCGGCAAGAGCCGAUCUCCAGGAACUGACGGCGGUGGUGACUGGGCUAUUGCUGCCGCUGCCGCUGCCAACUUGCUGGAUGCUGCCCACCCCAGAGACCUGCCCACGGAGGGCGAAUGGUUGGAUGUCAAUGCUGGCCGAGCACUGAGUCCGAUCCAGAGCGUUGCCAGUGACCAAACUGAGAUGCAUGCUCAUCGGUCCAUUCCACAGGAGGCGCAUGUUGCCCAUGGGAAGCGAGACAUAGAACCUCGGCUCUCGAUCGACUCCCUGUCUUCUGCCCCCAGUACGAACCUCGCACGAUCCACGCGAAAUGACGGUACCAGCCCACAGAGUCAAAGUGAGAUCUUCAAGGACCAUGAUGAAGAAGGGCCUGAACUUGGUUACGAACAGUCGCGUCAUAUUGAGAGGGAAAGUGAUAUCUAUGGACCUGACGAGGACACCAAGGUUGAUUACAUGGACAAGAUCAAAGAGGGACAACAUGUGACUGGCGGUGUCGCUGCCAACCCUGAGUUUGUUCAUCCCAUGGCUGUCGAGUCGGCUGUGGCCUCCUUGAUGGACCCUUCUGUGCUUGAGUCUCAGUCGAACCGUUCUGCCAACCGCUCCCAGACUGACUUGGCGCCACGCGCGGGCAGUCAAAGCCCCGAGAAGCCCAUGAGCGAAGGUUACCGGGGAAGCCCCCUGAAACAGCGCCAGGAUGCUGCUACUCUGGAUGAAACCUCUUUCCCCCGACGGAUGGGAGCCACAUCGCCCCCGCAAAGUGUCACCCAGUCCAUUGAGGACCUGGAGGAAGCGGGCAUGUAUGGCGCCGCUCCCCGCCAGAUGGAGAGUCCUCUCGCCGAUGCAGACUACAGCCAAGAAUCCGAGUCUGAAAUCAACACCAAUCCGUCUAUAAUCCAGGGCCCCGGUGGUGGCGUCCCUCAGGGUACUAGGGACCAUUGGGCGUACGAUCCCCAGUCCCCAGUGACUGACCAGGCUCCCUAUUAUGACCCGGCUAGCGUUCAAGCCAGUGGAGUCAAGGGUCUGAGUGCUGAACAGCAGCAAGGGCUCGAUGCAGAAUAUUACCAGACUGCCAGGAACAUUUUCGGCGGUGACGAAUAUUAUGAUCAGCCGAUUGACAGCCGCACGAGGGAAUUGUUUGGUACGCCGCUUGGAGCCAAGGAUGAAGGCUAUGUGUCGGCUGCCAACCCCAUGUCUCCAAGCAUCGGCAACCCGAAGCAGGGUUCUCGAGGUCUUGGGCCGGAUGCUGCCGGUAUGGGCGGGUUUGAUAGCCCCACCGAGGCAGACGACCCAUUUGCGCCGGGUCACCAGAGACACUUCAGUGGAUAUUCUCACGGUGUCGGGUCGCCGCUUUAUGAUAGUGCUACCGGGAAAGGCAUUGAGAGGAUCCAGUCGCAGGACAUCGUGGCUCUCAUGGAUCAUCUCACUGUUCGCGAUGCCCAGCGAAAUGCCAGGGAUACCGAAAUCCUGGUGACCUUGGUUCGAAGUGCGGCAGAGAUGCGCAACUCUUUCGAAGAGAUGAAGAAGUUCAUCGCGCAGCAGGACGGCCUUCUCAUGGAGUCUAGCGACAAACAGCAUGACCGAACCUAUAAGGCUCUCGGUGGACCCCGGCCUCUGCCUCCUAGCACUUCUCGAACUCGACAGCUAAGCGCGGAGGAUGAUGAUGACGCCCAGACCAAGCGGCAAAACAUCUUCAAGCGCGCCCUCAAGGGCUUGAGUCUCAAGUCUGGCAACGACCUUACCAAGAUUGAAGGAAUGUUGGAGCAGUUGCUUGAGGAGGUCGAGUUGCUGCGAUCAGGACAAGAUCCCAUCAGCCCUCGCACUGGAGCAAGGAUGGGAAGUGUUGACCCGAACGGCUAUGAAACCAACGGCCAAAAUGGCGCUGCUUUGGAAGGUCGCUCUCUUUACCACUCCAGCCCAUCUCGACCGGCGAAUGGAUCCCGAAGGGAAUCGGACCAGCGCGUCAGUACCGUUCACGAGGCUGACGAGGAAGACCUUGAGAUGGACGAGGGCGAUGACUACAUGACCUCUCAUCUGCCUGUUCAAGAGCCGGCUCGGCACGCGAGGGCUGGCUCUCCGGUGGCUACAGGAGCCCGAAGCACUGAAACAACACCCAAGGCAUCCGAUAAGGCCCGCAAGCACAAAUCGAGCAGCUCCUCCAUCUUUCCCAAGAUCUCUCGGUGGUCCAAGACCACUGCCUCUUCGAUGGGCGAUAACAUCCGCAACAGCAUCCAGCCCUCUCGCAAGGAGCGUCCAUACUCCGAGAUGUCUCGCUCGGGAUCCGAUCUCGCCCAGGAUGCAUACAAAACGGGCGACUACUACGACCCCCAGGGCGACGAUCGCAUCCGAUCCACCUACACAUUAGACGACACCCUUCAGAACGAGAACCGGCCACCGUCGCCCCUGGUGCCUUCUCAGGUCUCCGAGCCUCCCAAAUACCGGGCCCAUCGAGGUAGUCUCGACUUGCAGCAUCCUCAACCCCGACAGGGCCCUACGGGUCGCCAUCAGAACCAGCUGGAAUCCCAGGCUCAGACCUACGGGUCUCCUGUGUCACCCACCUCCGACCAGUGGGGUUCCAACCCCAGUCUGCCUGCGGUCAACCCCAACCAGAACCGCUUCAGCGGCGGCAGCCGACUGUCCCCCAUUUCCGAUGCAGGCUACUCUGAAACCAGCUCCCGUUCAGAUCGGUACCCCGGCCCGCCUCGACCUCCCAAGGUCAAGGAUGACGGGCCGCUGGUGCCAGAACGGCCAGCGAAGAUUGCCGAAGAUGAGGACCGGGCCUAUGGCAGCGAGCGUGCUGCAUUACGGAGCUCUGCCAUCCGCUCGUCCCCAUCCCGCAAACCCACGGGACCCCGUCCCUUAGCCUCCGCGGGCUCUUACAGUCCCAGCAACAUCAAGCGAACCCGCUACCGAGGCAGUCCGAUGCAAGUCGACUAUGAUGACGACUAUUGA